AUGGCUGCCGUUAUCACUCUUCAGUCGUCCUCGACGACGGGGCCGACGGCUGCCACGGCGGCCUCUUUUCAGCAGCCCUCUUCUGAUCAUAUCAUCCGGCCCCGAGUACCCGGUUCGACUUCCACGCCAAUUUCUCCCUCUGCAUCAAUUGGCACCCUCCCCCGUGUCCCUGUACCCGGUCGGGAUGGCCCCAGUUGCGACGCCUGUUUGCGCAGAAAGAGCCGGUGCGCUAUGAACGAAAUGGUGAAAAAGUGCUAUUCGUGCGAUUUCCAUCGUCAGGAUUGCACAUUUACCCUGUCUGCGGUGGCAAGCCGUCCUGGCACCGCCGACCUGCAGUCCAAGAAACGAAAGCUGGACGAUUCCGCCCCGGAUGAUGUAGAAUCCUCCAAGAGGUAUGAAUCGAGCCCCGAAGUGGACAUCCCAGUCCGAUUUCGGACAUUGCAUAUAGAUAGACGUGGGAACGCUAACCUUGUCCCCGCUGACAGGCAAUCAACCGUCCCCCCAGUUUCCAAACCUGAACUUUCUCGUGCACCCUUGAACGGCCACCCUCGAAUCACGUCGGGGUAUUGGCAUCAGCAAACCCAGCACAUCGGUUUAACUACCGAACUGGAACCCACUCUUCUCGAAUAUCUCCCCUUGGAUCACAACCUCGAAGGGUCUAUCGCCUCGUCCCGCGUCCGGAAGUUCGGUGACGACGGGACCUUCAUGCGGGUGGUCAACACCCUCUCCCAAGCGGGCGUACCGCCGCCCCCUCCCUUGGAUGCCAUUGAAAGCCUGGUCGCUCCCUACGGCUCGAUGUUGAUCGACAAAUUCUUCGAAAAUGUUCAUCCGACCUUCCCCGUCCUCAUGGAGGACACCUUCCGUCAAUCCUAUCGCUCCCGGCAAGGCAUGUCCCCUCUCUUGCUAUGUGCCGUCUACGUGGUGGCCUUGAAGUUUGUGGACGGAGUCCAGACGUCUCAAACCGCCCGACGACCCGAUGUCAGCCGCUUGGAAAGUACGGCCCUGAGACUGCUCAAUGAGUCGUUGCCUCAUUCGACCAUCUCGACCAUCCAGGCGGGUGUGUUGCUCAUGGAAAAGUCCACCAUCGCCACAUCCGCAUUGAACGCUCAAUUAGUCACCGCCGGGUUCGAGCUCGGCCUGCACCAGGACUGUUCGGGAUGGCGGAUGGAAACCUGGGAGAAGGGUCUCCGCAAGCGCCUCGCUUGGGCCCUUUACAUGCAGGAUAAAUGGUCCGCGCUGGUACACGGACGUCCGUCCCACAUCUUUUCUUUCAACUGGACGGUGAAGGAUCUGGUGGAGCAGGAUUUCACCGAUGCAUUCCCCUCGCCGUCUACUCAGUCCGAUGAUGCUCCCGUGGGCCACGGUCCUCUCUACUUCUGUCACAUGGUGGCCCUGACGACCAUCCUUUCCGAUAUCCUCGACCGCUUUUACACCCUGCAGGCGAUCGAGGAGUUUAAAUCAGCCGGCAACAACCGUACGCGGAUGAUCCUGGAACGCGCCAAACCGGCACAGAUCCGCCUGAAGGAGUGGUUUGGGCGUCUUCCUGCCGAAUUGAAAAUGGAGUCGGGCGGCGACCUGUUCGAAACGAUCAACGAGGAUAACGCCCGCAACGGAGCGCUGCAUCUGUCGUAUUUCGCCACGGAAAUCACCCUUCACCGUUGCAUCGUGCGAUCUCUCGGCCAGGAGACAGCGGAUGCGUACCUGUCUCACAUUUGCCGCUCCGCUGCGAAAACGCGGUUGAUUUCAGCGAUGGACUUCGUCAAUCGUCUCCGACCUCCGCAUCUCCGCUCCUUCUGGCCUGCUACAUCGCGCACCAACUUUGCCCUGAUCGGCUCCUUCGGAGUGCUCCUGCGCAUCACCGCCCCGACGAAAGAGGAGGGCGAGUUCUACCGUCUCCGGCUGUGCGAAUACCGCUGGACCUUGAGCGUCAGUAAGAAGAACGCCGAGUUCCUGGAGUUCGCCCUCGAUAGUCUGGAUCAGGCCACCAACCUCGACCAACACGUCCCCGAGAAACCGGGUAUUGACGAGCUGAUGACGAGCGCGGCGAAGCCGAUCACCACGACCCAGCCGCGCAUCAUGUCCGCAACGCAGCUGGACGAUUCCAUCCUCGAGAUUGAACCGCGAGGCGGUACCUCGUCUGUGAUCUCGGGACUCGCAUCGCCGGCGACGUCGAUUAGCGACGAGAGUCUCCACGACGCCGCGAUCCCUCCUCUAUAA